CUAAACCAGCUAUUGGAUGAUAAACUACUCUCGUUAUCUCUUGCCAGAUAGUGGAAGAAUGAAUUCACCUGCCCGACUUCCCAUAAAUAUCCCUAUAUACAUUCACAGGGCACGCGCCCAUUUCCUCCUUUUCCAAAGACGCCUGUCUUCUAUUUGCAGGAGCUCCAAUUCGCUACCGCCCACACCUCAUCGUCAACGCCAAAAUGGUGAACGUCACUUACGACUCUUCUGGCGACCUGUAUUCGUCUACUGGGUCCAUAUUUAAUAUGGGUGAUAUUGCCUGGACAUUAGCCUCAACCGCCCUAGUAUGGAUCAUGAUACCUGGGGUCGGCUUCUUCUACUCCGGUUUGCUCAGGAGGAAGAAUGCUCUUAAUAUGAUUUAUCUUAGUAUGAUGACCGUUGGUAUGGUCUCCUUCCAGUGGUUCUUCUGGGGCUAUUCUCUAGCCUUCAGCGAGACCGCCAGUCCCUACAUUGGCAACCUCAAAUACUUUGCCUUGCAAAACGUGCUAGACCAGCCUUCUAUCGGUAGUGCCAGAAUACCAGCCCUCGCAUUUUGCGUUUUCCAGCUUAUGUUCGCUGCUAUCACUCCUAUGAUCGCCCUUGGUGCUGUUGCAGAACGUAGCCGCCUCGGUCCUCUCCUGGUAUUCGUUUUCGUUUGGUCUACACUCGUUUAUGAUCCUAUCGCCUGUUGGACAUGGAACUCUCAAGGCUGGUCGUACGUCCUUGGUGGCCUUGACUUCGCUGGAGGUACCCCCGUCCACAUCUCCUCUGGUACUGCUGCGCUUGCCAUCUCACUCUACCUUGGCAAACGUCGGGGUUUUGGCACCGAGCGCCUCGCCUACAAGCCUCAUAACACGACUUACGUCAUUUUGGGCACAGUAUUUCUAUGGUUCGGCUGGUUCGGCUUCAACGGUGGUUCUGCCCUCUCUGCCAACUUGCGUGCAAUUCAGGCCUGCAUUGUUACCAACCUUGCUGCGAGCGUUGGCGGUUUGACUUGGAUGCUCUGGGAUUAUCGUCUUGAACGCAAGUGGUCCGUCGUCGGUUUCUGUUCUGGGGCUAUCGCCGGUCUCGUAGCCAUCACUCCUGGUUCGGGCUACGUGGGUUCUCCGGCUGCUGUUUUGUUCGGCUUCAUGGCUGGCACCGUCUGUAACUUCGCCACUCAGCUCAAGUUUAUUUUCAAGUACGAUGAUACGCUUGACAUCUUCGCAUCGCAUGCUAUUGGCGGUAUUGUUGGCAACGUUCUUACUGGUCUCUUCGCUCAAGCAAGUGUUGCUGGUGCUGAUGGCAUCACCAUGAUUCCUGGAGGCUGGCUUGACCACAACUACCGUCAACUCGGCAUUCAACUCGCGGAUUCUGUUUCUGGGCUUUCUUACUCUUUCGUCAUGACUACCAUCAUUUUGUGGAUCAUGCACUUUAUUCCCGGUCUCCGGAUCCGUUGCGACGAGGAGACUGAGAUCCUCGGUGUCGACGAUGCGGAAAUGGGCGAAUUCGCAUACGACUACGUUGCUAUCGAAAGUGAGCUCAUGCCUCGUAGCGAGUACAACGUAGGUGCGUCUGGCGGCAGCCGCGAGCCGCAGCACACCGCCGCAACGACAUCGCAAAUAAGCGAUGAGAAACAUAUUGGGGAGGAGGAUGUAAGUCGUGUACAGUAAGGUUGUGCUUAGGCUGCAUCGUGGGAUUGGGGUCGCGGGGAUCGCACGACUGCAAGAAAAUCUGCCGCUCAUUACGUUAUAAUUUGGUUCCUUGAUUCUAUCAGCUUAGCUUAUUCACCGCAUUUUUGCAUGUUCUGUGCUUUUAACAGUAGCGUGCGUUAUUAAGAUAUCUGGACUCUUUUUUUUUUUUUUUUCAAAAGACCGAGUCACUUCUUGAUGGACUGACUCGAUUGGAGACAUGCUCAAAUUUGUACGGUGACAUAUUAUCUAACUCGAUUACUCGUGGUAUAUUGGUGUUAUAACUCAGCAAAGCCAGAAACGUGGAAGUGCAAUCAAUUCGCAAUGAACAUGAGCAGUGUGCUGUGGAUCUGAAUCUCCCCGUCACCGGGAUAUUCCG